GACGUCGACUGGGACCGCAUCGAGAAGGACGAUGGCGCUACCGACUUGCUCAGGCACGUUCGACAGAAGCUCGGUGCUCAACCCAUCCAGGACGCAGGGAAGUAUCUUGCCAGAUGGAUAUUUGGUCUACGACGGGACACCGGAGAACCGAUGCCGAGCUACAUCAGCAGAGACGAUGAGGCUUAUCAUGACGUGGUCAAGGGGUUCGACACCGAUUUCAAGAAGCAGCGCACAGCCCGACUCUCGGAGAGAGCAAAGGAGUGGAACACCCUCUACGGAGAGCUCAACUGGUUCUUGUACAGGAUCGAGCAGGAGGGCCCAGAGGACGCUGCAGAGAAGAUCCCACUGAAUCCCGACUUCGGGACAGACUUCAACCAGGCGGUCCUCCUAGACCAGCUGCGCGGAUGGCCACUGCUACAACGAUCGAGAUUGACGCCGACGGAGCGGGCAGCAGUCAUCAGCGCAGUCAAUGGUAACUUAGACUACGACAGCAUCGGAGAGCAGCUACGCGUUCCCUGGCCAGAUGAUGAGCUGACCAGUCGGGACAAGAAGCAAGGCAAGAACUUCCGUCACCGAGAACGGGGACGAACCCACGCCGGCUGGGAAGCGAACGGCGAGGAGGACGAUGACUACAGCUACUACGAAGAGCACGAGUCCGAGGCGACCUGCGACGGCCAGGGCGACGAGGAGGAUGAGGAAGACCCCGAGGAGCCGCUCCACAGUGCCCAGGAGAUCGAGGAAGCCGAGACCGCUUUCGCCGCCCAGCAGGGAAGCUUCGAGGAGGGCCCCGGGCUGGAUCCAGAGGCCCAGGGUCAUCCAAGGGACGAGGCCGCGGGAGCGGACAGCGACGUGGCGGACCACCACGACGAGAAGGAGAUCGCUCCCAAGGCUGGCCUCCCAGGAAAGGAUGCCGAUAUGGAAGCUAACCUCAUCGCGAUCGAGAUGUCCAGGCUGCGGUUGGAAGAGCCCCUCGCCAACAAGCCAGUGAACAAUAAUCGGCCGAAGACCGCCAACCAGAAGAAGCAGCUGGACAAGAAUUCCCACAUGCUGAUCGCCGAGGACUGGAUUCUCACGAGUGUCAAGCAGAGCUCCUCCAAGGGUUUCGGCAUUCUCGGCAUCGGCGCGACCUCCAGCAUCAUGGGCAUAGAGGCCGCCGAGAACCCACGCGACAUUAUCUACGAUCAGACAGGCAAGAACAUCAAGAUUGACGUUAGUCAGAAGAGUACGUUUAUAUUUGGCGACGGCAGUGCCGGGACCUGCGCCGGCAAGGCGACCCCCCCCCCCCCCCCCUUCGUGAUCGCCGGCGUGGACGGCGAGCUAGAGAUCAACAUCCUCGACGCAGACGCCCCGCCCCUGAUCGGAGCGGGCGCGCUGAGCCGCCUCGGGGCUGCGAUUGACUGCGAGGCACACGCUGUUUACUUCAAGAAGCUCGGGCGCCGAGCUGAGCUGCUCAUCCUUCCGAGCGGUCUCAGACAAUGGAGCCCCACAGGCCCCAGGUACAUCACCAUUGCCUACGACCACGGGCACAGCAUCAUUACCUACGACCACGGGUGCAUCAUCAUUACCUACGGCAGCGGGGACAUCAUCGUUACUCGGGACUACGGGGACAUCAUCAUUACCUACGACUACGGGGACAUCACCCUUACAAACGUCAUGGACACCAUCAGAAUCGCCCCCUACAGCACCAACUUUGACAUGAUCAGGAACACCUACAGAGAUUCCAGCAACCAGCAUUUCUUCCAUAUCCGCAUGAGCCUCAGACGCGAGGCGAAAUGCCGCAAAGCCGAGAGCCAGCAGGUGAAGCUGGAGAACGAGGAGAUGAUCGGAUCAUGGGAGGCGGUGCCGCCACUGGAUGCAGGCGCUCCGACUCGCCCUCCGACGUCAACGAGACCUACGCAGCCGAUGCCGCCAUCGGCUCGCCUGAUCCAGCAUCAGGACACGAGGGGCAACAUAUUCUACACGGUCGAGGGCUCGGAGCUGGACAAGAGCCUGAAGCGCCUGACGGACACCUUCCUACUGGAGCACCUGCCGACCUGGGAGAUGUGGUCCAGCAAGCUCCUGAAGCAGUGGACGAUGUGCGGCCGCUGGGGGCGGGUCAUCAUCAAGGUCUUCCUCAAGACGAUCGACCGGGUGACCUGGAAGCUCGACAGCAUCGGACUCCCUGUGCAGCUGCUGCCCGAGAAGUACCCGACCUGGCCGGCGGAGCUCGGGCAUCGUGCGAAGAUCGAGCCACAGCGCCCCAGGACGGAGACGAAGCAGAGGUCAGCCGCAUCCGCGGCCGCUCGAGAGCAGAACCAGGAGCUGCGGGCCAACAUCGAGACCGCAAAGUCCGAUUUCUCGACCAAGUAUGCGACGAAGCUCAAAAUGGUGACGGUGGUCAAUCACCUGAAGCCCCUGUGCAAGACCUGGGGGCUGACGCAGUCCGGCAAGAAGGAGGAGGUGAUCGACAGGCUCAUCGCGCACAUCAUCGAGCAGCGCGGAACGGCGGCAGCGACGAUCAGGGUCAAGAAGGAGCCGGAGACCAAGAAGGUGGAGACGGGGCCUAUUGUUGUGGGCCCGGCGAUCCCAGCGCACUACACGCAAAUGCGCCGGCGCCCAGACUGUCAGCAGCAGCGGGGCAUCGCGAAGAACGAGCCGAUCGCGAAGGCGAGGUCGGCCAUCUUCGGAGCUAUGUGCGCUCUCACGACUUUCGGCAGAUUGACGAUGGUCGAGGCGCGCACCCACGAGGACUCUAACCUUGGCCAGGUCUGCGACGAGAAGGGCUACCACUACGAGAGACUCGGCCUGUUCAACGACUGCGACCUCAGCGCCCAGAGCUCCUCGUCAGCACACCUCCCCUGCGGGCCGUGGUCGAUCACGCAGAAUAUCAACCAGCGCGACGACAAGCAGAAGGAUAAUCUGCGCAAGAAGCGACUCAAGAGCCAGCGAAUCUUCGAGAACAACAACAGGCUCAUCGAGCAUCAGGUGCUUCACCUGAAUGGCUCGGCCCUCGCCGAGCAGCCACACAAGAGUCGGUCGUGGCAGAAGACCUGCUGGAAGGACCUGCACAAUAUUCUCCCCUACGAGGUGAUCGUAGACGGCUGCGCCUGCGGACUCAAAGCCCCGGGCACAGGCGAGCUCCUGAAGAAACGCUGGAAGUUCCUGGCGAACGACAAGAGGAUUUGGGUGGCCCUCCAGCCGCUACAAUGCCGUGGAGGACACUAUCAUGAGGAGAUCGAGAGCAGUCGGAGGACCGAGGCCUCGGGCUCCUAUCCCAAGAUGCUGCGCCGCCGGGUCCUCCGAGCUCUGACCAAGAGCCAGAAUCAGAAAUACUUCGAAGAAGAGGUCGUGCAUGUCUGCAUGGCCGCUACCCAGCAGCCACCUACUGAGCCGACUCCAGAGGAGGACGAGACAUCAAUUCCACCACAAGAUGGCAAGGAGUCACACGACCUCACCAGCGACACAGUAAAGAAGCUCGAGAGCUACAUCAGGCUGGUUCACACCAACCUGGGACACUUACCUCGAGCACAUCUUCUACGCUACCUACGAGACCGAGGUGCGAGACCUGAGGUGCUACGGUUGGCCAGAACCUUCAAGCGCGGCAUCUGUGAUGCUCACCGACCGCCGACGAAGCGGCCACCAGCUUCCUCAGCAGAGCAGCCUCUGAAUGUUCACGAAGUUUUGUUCGACGCCUUUUCUUGGAUCCGUCGCAGCACGAACACCGACGUGAUGGCGCUAGCGAUCCUCGACGCCGGCUCGGACAUACUCUACGUGCGGCUUAUCGACGAGAAAGCGAUCCCAGGGACCUGCCGACAAGUUUGCGCGGGCCACCUUCGACACAUCUUUGCUACGAAGUGGCCCCCUUGGAUGGGACGGCCGAAGGUCAUGCGCUAUGAUCCAGCCGGGAGCGCCAUCUCCGACGAGUUCCGCGAGUGGAUCGAGAGCCAGGGAGUCUACUGCCUCCCAUGCGCUGCCGACGCCCACUGGCAGAUCGGCAAGAUCGAACGAGCCAUCGAAGCGUUCAAGGAGGCCCUUGACGCCUUCGACGAGAUGAUGUCAGCUGAAGUUCCCACGAGCGAGAUGUUCGGACUACAGACAGCAACCAGGAACGACCUGAUCAGGAUCGACGGUUUUAGUCCGCUGCAGCGCUAUGCGGGACGGACACCCAUUGGCACCACGGUCAACCUCUUCGACGAGCCGACCAACCUGCCGCUCAUCAGCGACGAGCUGCAGGAUGGCACCUUCAGCAGGGACGCUCAAGUACGACGGAUGGCACGGCUAGCUCACAUCCAGACGGAGAACUCCGACCGAGUCAAGCGUGCGGAGGCCGCAAGAUUCAGAUCUUUCAAGAAGUACGAGACGGGCGACCUGGCAUUCGUCUACCGGCGGCUCCCACCAGGAGCCCGGCGCAAGAAAGGACAUCGACCUGGUCUGCCCAGGACGGUGGUCAACAUCGCGCUAGCUGGACGAUUUUACCGAGUUGCGCCCGAACAACUUCGGCCCGCCACACCUGCGGAGGAGGCGAUGGCGUCGCUACGCUCGCGCCGCGAGCAGCCUGGAACAUUGACCUUCGGCGACGUCCAGAAGCAGCUCGACGCGAACAAGGUGAUCGACCUGUCGAACGAGUCCCCACCCACUGGUGAGGACCUGGCCGCUGACGACGGAGAGUCGGUCAGCGCCCGCACCUUCGAGAAUGACGCAAGCGGACUAUUCCUAUACCUGCAGGAGGGUAACUUCUACGGGGGCUACGCCUACAGCGUCCAGCCGUAUGACGAGGUCAAGGAGGACGACGAGCCCAUCGUGCUGGACAUCCUUGUCAACAACGAGCACACGCUCAUGGCUUACAUGGACGACCCCAGCAACGUCGUGGCAUCGCAGGCCCGGAAGGGCCGAGUCGAAGUCUCAUUCAAGAAGGCGGCCCCAGAGGAGAAGAACCUGCUACUCGAGGCACAGCAGAAGGAGUGCACCUCCGUCCUCAGCACGAAGGCCGUCAGGAUCCUCAGUCGACAGGGGGUCCACCCAGCGCGUCUGUUGCGCUGCCGUUUCGUGCUGACCUGGAAGAAGGAUGACAAGGGCAACGUGCUCAGGGGCAAGGCCAGAUUGGUCGUGCUCGGUUUCAGUGGCCCCGACCUACUUCAUUUACGGACGGAGAAGCGGAAGAUCUACGCGGACCCCCCGAAGGACGUACGUCCGGCCUUCGGCAUGAAAGACGACGAGGUCCUGCAGUUGCUCAAGCCGGUGUACGGGUUUGUACCUGCUCCUCGCAAGUGGUGGCUACAUGUCAAAGAAACGCUCAAGAUGCUGCAGCUGGAAGCGAUACAGUGCGAGUCAUGCGUCUGGGCCAUCCGAGACAGCACUCAGCUGGUCGGCAUGGUCAUCCUACACGUUGACGACAUGAUGAUUGCGGGCGAUCAUACUCACGCGGGCUUUCUCAAGAAGCGACAAGAGAUCCAACAAGCAUUCGAGUGGACCCCCUGGGAAAGUCGAGCAUUCGUGCAGUGCGGUAUCAGCAUCCGUGAGAACGAGGAUUUCACUUGCAGUCUCGCACAGGACAGCUACAGCCUGAACGUGGAGCCCAUCAAGAUACGACGUGGACGGAAACCUACAGACGGAGUCUCAGACAAAGAGAGAUCAGACUUACGAGGGCGACUUGGCACAGUCGGCUGGCAGCCUCAACAGUCCGUCCCGUGGCUAAGUGCUGAAGUCUCUCUACUUCAAGCGGAGAUACCCACGGCGACGGUCUCGACCAUCCAGGAGAUCAACAAGCUCAUCCGCACCAUGAGCGAUACUGCCGACGUGGUCAUGCUCAUCCCCGCCAUUGAGCAUAUCGCCGCGGUUGGCUGGGGCGAUGCAGCCUGGGCUGCCCGUAUCACCGGCGAGGCCCAGGGUGGCGCGAUGAUCGUGUUGGCCCCACUGUCUUUCCUGAGCGGCUCGGCUGAGACGGCGGCGCCUGUCUCAUGGAGAUCGUGCAAACUACCGCGAGUCGCCAGCAGCAGUACGAGUGCGGAGGUUCAGAUGAUGACGGAGACCCUAGACGAGAUUAGCUACGUGCGUCUGUUCAUCUAUGAGUUGGAGUGCGGCCAAGUGGACUACACGAACAAGCAGCACGUGAACGACGCCAUCCCAUCCUGCCCUGGCAUGCUAGUCACAGACGGCAAGUCGGGCUACGACGCGAUCGAGAAGAGU